CAGGGGGGUCGGAACUGAGUUCUUUUGGAAAAGCAAGAAGCGGGAGAGAGAGAGAGAUGUGGGAAUCAAUCUGCCUGACCGUUGCCGCCACCGCCGGCAACAACAUCGGCAAAGUCCUCCAGAAGAAGGGCACCGUCAUUCUUCCCCCUCUCUCUUUCAAGCUCAAGGUGAUAAAAGCAUAUGCUUUUAACAAAGCUUGGGUCAUAGGUUUCCUAAUGGACUUGUUUGGAGCUGCCUUAAUGUUGCGAGCAUUAUCCCUUGCCCCUGUUUCUGUUGUUCAGCCUGUUUCAGGCUGUGGACUUGCCAUCCUUUCAGUCUUCUCCCAUUUUUAUCUCAAGGAGAUUAUGAAUGCUAUUGACUGGUUGGGAAUUGCUUUCGCUGGCAUUGGUACCAUAGGUGUUGGUGCUGGAGGGGAGGAGCAAAAAGCUUCAUCAGUUUCAAUUUUUCAUUUACCGUGGCUGGCAUUUGCAGUUGCAAUCUUGUUUGUACUCCUUAAUGGUUGCCUUCGCAUAUAUAAGCGCCAGAGAAGAGAACAAGAAUUGAUGCAAUAUGAAGUACUUGAAGAAAUAAUUUACGGUUUGGGAUCUGGCAUACUGUUUGGGAUGGCGUCUGUUAUAUCAAAGCUAGGCUUUAUAUUCUUGGAGCAAGGCUUCUCAAAGCUACUGGUGCCCAUUUGCAUCUCCAUCAGCAUAUGCUGCAGUGCUUCUGGAUUCAUUUAUCAGACACGCGGAUUGAAGCAUGGGAGAGCAAUUGUAGUUUCCACAUGUGCUGCUGUUGCAUCAAUUGUUACUGGAGUACUUGCCGGUAUGCUUGCUUUGGGUGAACGGCUGCCUUCCGCACCAACAGCCCGUCUCUUCAUUUUGCUUGGAUGGCUCUGUAUUAUAAUUGGCGUAAUGCUGCUGGUAACUUCAAAGCGGGUACUACGUUGCCUGCCACGACCUUUGAGACGUGUUCUCCAAACUGGAACUGACAGAAACCUGGGGCAGAGACAAUCAAGUAUAGGUCGCAACAGAGAUCCAAGCUCUACUGUAAUCCCAGCGGCUACAUUGCAUCACUUGAUAUCGUCUCUACCCAAAGAAAAGGCUUGACCUCUGCUACUAACCCUCAACUUUUUGCCGAGGUUGUUCAAGCAAAUUGAAACUGUUGCUGAAUUGCAUUUGGUCCAAGUGUCCAACGGUGUACAGCAAUACAAUACAUCAGCCAUACAACAGAUAGACUAAGUAAAAGUUUAGUUUUACUUUGACCAGAGGGUUUCAACUGUAUUUUUACUGGAAUCAAUUUUUUUAGGCAGAUUUUUUUUUUUGCUUUUUGUUUUUUGGAUGACGAGGGAAACUCCACAACCCUUUCGGGUGUAGAUAAAUCUCACCUUGUAACAUUAGUACUGGUUAUCCACAGUUAACCGGCUCAAACCAAGGGGGCAUGAAUUCGAAAUCGUGACCUUGUGAUUACAAUUUACAAAUGUGGAUCUCUUGCCAUUUUGGUUGAGGUUACACCUGGAGCAGAUUAAUUUGAUUUUGGGUGUAAAGGACUUGAGAUAUGGUUGAUAUGAAUGGAUUGUAUUGUAGAUGAGCUGCAGGAAAAAAAAAA